GAGUAGAAACUAAUUUCUCAUUUCUUAUAUAGUUUUUAUUAUUUCGAAUUUUUUUCCAAAAAUAAAAAUGAUGUAAAAUUGGGCAAGAGCAGAGUAUUUAUAUCACCCACGAGCCUUUGCUUCUUCUUCCUCCCUUCAUCACCUCUCUUUCUCUUUCUGUUCUCUUUCCGGAGACAUUUGUCUAAAUCUCAUCAUCAUCAUCAUCAUCAUCAUUCUUACAAUUACUCAUACAAAAGCCUUGAGAGAAAGAUAGAAAGAAAAAAAAAUAUGAUACAAGAAGAGAAACACAUAUUACUUUAUUAUAAAUCAUAGUAGUUUUCAUUCUUUAAUGGUAAGAUCAAACAAGCAAGAAGCACCACGCGUCUCUUCUUCUUACAUCCGAUCUCUCGUGAAGCAACAACUACUUGCUUCUUCCACCACUACUACUAUGACCACAACAACCGAUGCAAGCGGUGCCGGCGGCGGCGGUAAAACGCAGACGCAAACGCAAACGCAAACGCACAAGAAACAAGUGAGGAGGCGACUACACACAAGCCGUCCUUACCAAGAACGUCUCCUCAACAUGGCCGAAGCUCGUAGAGAGAUCGUCACCGCUUUAAAACAACACCGCGCUUCCAUGAGACAAGCCUCGAGGAUCCCACCGCCUCAACCACCUCCACCACCGCAGCCGCUAAAUCUCUUUUCGCCGCCGCAUCCUCCUCCUCCACCUCCGGAUCCGUUCUCUUGGACCAACCCGUCUCUCAAUCUCAACUUCCUCCUCCCUAACCAACCCUUAGGGUUAAACCUAAACUUCCAAGAUUUCAACGACUUCAUCCAGACCUCAUCGACGACAUCUUCAUCAUCUUCAUCCUCAACUUCAUCUUCCUCAUCUUCAUCGUUUUUUCCGACUAAUCCACACAUCUACUCUUCACCUUCACCUCCUCCAACCUUCACCACCGCCACCUCCGAUCCAGCUCCUCAACAACCACCACCACCCUCAUCCUCCGCGGGAGAGAACAACGUUGAGACGUCAGCUUGGUGGUCAGAGCUAAUGAUGAAGACGGUGGAGCCGGAGAUAAAACCGGAGACGGAAGAAGUCGUAGCGGUGGAAGAUGACGUGUUCCCGAAGCUAAGUGACGUCAUGGAAUUCCCUUCGUGGUUAAACCAAACCGAAGAAGAAUUGUUUCAUCCUUACAACCUCACUGAUCAUUACUCAGCCCCUCACAAUAAUCCUCCAUUAUCCUGUAUGGAGAUUGGAGAGAUUGAAGGGAUGGAUGGAGAAGACUGGCUAGCUUGAACCACAAAGAUUGAUUUCUGUUUUUCUUUUUUUCUUAAGACAUGAUGAAUCAACUCUUUGGUUCUUUUUCUUAUUUUUAUCAGCUUAUUUUAUUUGUUUUCUUAUCAAAUUUUUCUUUCUUUUUUUUAAUCUUUAAAAUAACAAGAAGCCUACGGAGAGAAAAUGUUCGAUUUGGCAAAGUCACAUGAUUGAAAUAAACUUUUCCUUUUUUUCUUCCAUUCUAUUAUUAUUACUUUUUUUAAGGAAAUUUUUUGUUUAAAA